CCCACAGAUUUCUCCCAACCAUUUGCAUUUUAAUUUACCCCAAUUAUAUUCCUUCUUUUAUUUUAAUACUUUUUUACCCUCAUCAGCUAAUUUUUUCCAUUUCUACCUAAUUCUAAAACCAAGAAAAUGGCAGCACCCAUAUUCUCCCUCGCCUUUGCUCUCCUCCUCCGUCUCACGUACGCCACCGCGCAGGUGGACCCCGCCCUCAUUUCGCGGGCGUGCAAGUACGCUAAGGGCGGGCCCACCUGCGUGGCCUUGCUGCAGGACAACGAGGACGACGCAGAAUUAUCAGGCAUCGACAGGUCCGAUCCCGACAGCAUCGCAUUCUUCUCGCUCAAGAAGAUCGAGAAGGAGGCUGUGACGGUGUCGGAGGCGGUGUCGGCAAAACUCUCGGCCGGGACCACGGAGGACCUGUCCCCCACCACCCAACAAGGACUAGCCGAAUGUAAGGACCACUACGUCCCGGCCGUAGAUUUGAUCGAGGAGACCGUGGACUCCUUGGCCGGAAAAGCGUACCCCGACGCCAUGAAGUUUCUGAGAACUUCGACACUCGAUCUCAUCGCCUGCCAGAAGAGCCUCGCCAAGCUCAGAACCGAUAAGAAGGACACGGAGGCAGAUGUCCAUGCCACCGACGCCAUCAACCGCCGUGACCUUCUUGCGUCCCAUGUGGCGUUGGCUCAGAGCAUUCUUGAAUUUGCCGCCUCUGGCGGUGGCGCCGCUGCCGCCUCAGUUGCUGCGCCGCCGUCUUGAUUUCUAGAAGGUUAACAUGAACGUUAACGACAGUCACCGUUUAGAAGGAAAACUGUUACGCAGAAGUACUUUUGGGCUGAAAAUCUAGUGUAUUCUCUGUUGAUUAUGUACAAUACAAUGUGGGGUAUAUAUAGCUAUCAAGAGAUUCCUAAUAGGAUUAGGAAUGCUAAAAGGAAACUACAAUAUACAAGUCUAAUACAAAUCAAAUACUAAUAUUCCU